CCCAGCACAUGACUUUCUGGCAUUGCGAUGGGCUGUUUAGUUCAGCAGUCAUAUGAUAUUUGUACAUCACUGGAACAGUAGGUUAUUUCUUUAAACGGAGAUGUCUGCUUUCCUAGUGGUGGUUUUGCUGCUUCAGUCAUCAGUGGUGACAUCGGCACCAGCUGAAGAUGAGGUCACCUACCUGCCGGGUCUAGUCAAGCAGCCAAGUUUCCGUCAGUAUUCUGGUUACCUCAGUACAGCCAAUGGAAAGCACCUGCACUAUUGGUUUGUGGAAUCUCAGGGUGACCCCUCUACCAGUCCAGUGGUCCUGUGGCUGAAUGGUGGCCCUGGAUGCAGUUCAUUGGAUGGAUUGCUCACAGAGCAUGGCCCAUUCUUGAUACAGCCAGAUGGGAGCACUUUGCAGUACAACCCCUAUGCUUGGAACAGGAUUGCCAACAUGCUUUAUCUGGAGUCACCAGCACAAGUUGGGUUUUCCUACUCUGAUGAUAAGUCAUAUGCAACCAACGACACUGAGGUUUCCCUGAACAAUUAUCUGGCCCUGAAGGAGUUCUUCAGACUUUUCCCAGAGUACAGCAAGAAUGAUUUGUAUCUCACUGGUGAAAGCUAUGGCGGUAUCUACAUUCCAACUCUGGCAGAGCGAGUGAUGGAAGAUCAGAGUAUAAACCUGAAGGGUAUUGCAGUCGGAAAUGGACUGGCAAGCUAUGAAUAUAACCAAGGAUCACUUGUCUAUUUUGCAUACUAUCAUGGACUUUUAGGAGCUAGACUGUGGGCUGAUCUUCAGAAAUACUGCUGCUCUCAGGAAAAGUGCAACUUUUAUGAAAACCCUGACCCAAACUGCUCUUCAGCUAUCGAUGAAGUCUUGCAAAUUGUACAACGUUCUGGACUUAAUAUGUACAACCUUUAUGCGCCUUGUGAAGGAGGAAUUCCAGGGGAAGUCAGGUUUGAUGGAACGAAGUAUGUAACCUAUGAUGUAGGAAAAUUAUUUAUGGACCGCUACCUGAAAGAUGACUGGACUGAGCUUCUCCUUCAGUUGCAGCAGAAGCCAAUGAACUUGAAAAUGGAUCCACCAUGUGUAAAUUCUACAGCUAUAUCUACCUACCUCAACAACCAGUAUGUCAGGAAAGCACUGCACAUACCCAGUGAUGUUCCAGAAUGGGAGCUGUGCAGCUUACAGGUAUAUACAAACUAUGUCCGCAUUUCCAAGAGUGUUGCCGACCAGUAUCUCAAGUUACUCGGCUCUCUGAAGUACAGAAUUCUGAUAUAUAAUGGCGAUGUGGACAUGGCCUGUAAUUUUCUCGGAGAUGAAUGGUUUGUGGAGUCUCUUCACCAACAGGUACAAGUUCAGCGUCGUCCCUGGCUGUAUGACAACGAUGGUACCAAGCAGAUAGCUGGAUUUGUCAAGGAAUUCCCAAACAUUGCAUUCCUCACAGUUAAGGGAGCUGGACACAUGGUCCCCACAGAUAAACCCAAGGUUGCUUUCACUAUGUUCAGUCGCUUUAUCAAUAAGGAGCCGUUCUGAAAGAGAGAAUGUUUACAUUAACCACACAACUGCACUCUUCACGGAGGACAACCACCUUUCCUUUUCUUUUCAAGUUACUGUUCUUCAAGCUUUGAAGAUGGAAUAUUUUUUGAUUUGCUGCUUCAGCAUGUUUGAUUUGGAAUUGCUUUGUUGUACACCGCUUUCAGGCUGUACUUUCAGAUACCAGAAAAUCAAGACACAGGUAGCAUUUCUUCUCUCCCUUCACAUCUGCACCUCAGUCUGUCUUUUUACUUAUCCACAGUAUUUUCUGGCCUGUUACAGAAAAAAGAUUUCUGUGGUGGUGCAUUUUAGAGGCAGUUAUGCCCUGAAGGCUAGUCUGUCUGUUUACACACACUAAGGUUUAACUUCCAUGUUGUUGGUUGUAAAUAGUCAUUCACAACACCAUCUACUGUAUCCGCCUUGCUUGAUUCAGUGCAUUGAUGAUGGUUCCUGCUGCUACAUGAGGCAGUUUUUUCGACAGGCUUGUUUUGGAAGUGUUAUGCUUUUUGUGUACCAAACGAAAGCAGAAUGUGUUUUUUUUUCUGGAAGUUUCCUUAGAAGCUUUACUUUUUAGGAUGUAUGUCUGGAAAAAACAGAUCUGUUCACAUAGUAUUUCAUAAUACUAAAUGUGCUUGUAAGAUGUGUAGAAAUGUGGACCACUAUGCAGUGAGAUUUUAACAAUGGUUCAACUAUUACUGUCAAUAAUAAUGCUAAAGAUAUGUUAUGUUGUGUAUUUUAUUGUUUUGUAUUGUCUAAAGUGUAUUUUACAACAUUUUCAGGUGGGCAUUUGUGGUACAACUUUGAUUUCUGCUGUAAAGAUUAGGACUUGCGUCAUAUUUCUAACUGCUUGUUUAGUUUAAGCAUUUGGUGGUGACUUGGGAUCACCAGGAGAAACACUCAGACCAUUAGAUUUGUGUUCUAUAUUAAGUCUGCUCAGAAAGUCUUUACUUUUACCAGUGAUCAGAACUGGUUUUGGACAGAGUUUAUGCAAGUAGUUACCAACAUUCUAGUAAGUAUCAAAAUAUGCAGUCGAUAUUGUGUUCUUUCAAGAUAAAAUGUAAAGUCUCUUUAAAAGUUAAAUUCAUUGCAUUUAUGUUUUCCUGAAUGUGAAAUAUUCACAGAAUAAAAAAAAUGUGGAAAAUGGCCUAGGGACAGAUAUGUUUCCUAUGUUGUAUAAUUUGCAUUGUUGCCAAGGAAUUACACUUGAUUUGAAUGGAACAAGUGUAGAUAAAUUGUGUGGUCAUCUAACAUGUUGCUUCUGUAAACUAUAGGAACCUGAUUUUAUGAAGGUGAAAGACAUUGUUUUUUAAUAUGCCCUGUGAGUGUUUGACAAAACAAGGUGUAUGAGCACUUCAUAUUUAAGUCAUCCUCAGGGAAUUGCCUUUUUUUUUUGAACAACGGAACAAAACUUGGUCUGUUGCUGCUUUAAGUUCAGAUUAAUACAGAGUGCGUUGGAUUAGAGAGAUGUAGUUAGUCAACUAACUUCCAUGUACUAUCUGAGUAAAUGCUGUAUACUCAUUUAGAAAAGACCGCCGUGCAAGCAUAUUUUUUAAAUAAAUGACACCAUCAAUUUUUAGUUAUUAACAGUAGAAAACUUGAAGUGAGUUCUACAUUUUGAACAAAUCUCGCUGGCUUUUAACCUCACUUUUAAACCUAAAAAUAAAAAAAAUAUUUUUGUGACUGAUUAAAA